AUGGUUCCCAGGGUGAUCAAGGCCGGGACUCUCGCCGGUGACUUCAGGAUGUGGGAGGAGACGUCGGCGAGGUUCCUCGGGGCGAGUCGACCAAUGUGGCGGCGGGGUCGCGUACUCGACCCAAUCCCUCACCUGUUUGGCAGCAGCAUGAGGAGUCUGAGGCAGGACUAUUUGCUAUGCUCUAGAAGAAGGGUGAGUCUCCAAUCGUUGGUCUUCAGAAGGCGGGGGGACAGCGAAAGUAGCUUGCUGCGGCUAUGGAAGCUGGCUGAGAAGCUCGCUAGUGAAGGUAGCGAGUUACUAUUGGAGGGAUUGAGAGAUCUGUUGAACCGUUUCUUCAAGUUGAGCUUGAGUAACGUAGCUCUUGUGUGGUCCUCUAGGGUGAGACUGAAAGCGAGCGAGCGAGCGAGCAAGUCCAACAUGGGCGCGCCUUCCGUCUUCACGGGAACGGAAUAUUCUGUUAUCCGCACCACCGUAGCCCUCCUAAUCUGGCUCGGCGCCAUCCACUUCAACGCCGCCCUCGUCCUCAUCGCCGCCCUCGUUCUCCCCCUUCGCCUCUCCGUCACGGUAUCUGGAUUGCUGCUGUUUUUUAUGGUGAUUCCCUUGAAUGAUGAGAGCAGAUGGGGCAGGAAAUUGUCGAGGUUUAUUUGUAAAUAUGCGUGUGGGUAUUUCCCAGUGAGUCUUCAUGUGGAGGACAUCAAGGCAUUUGAUCCAAACAAAGCUUAUGUAUUUGGAUACGAGCCGCACUCGGUUUUACCGAUUGCUGUCUGUGCUCUUGCUGACCACACUGGUUUCAUGCCAUUGCCAAAGAUCAAGGUCCUUGCGAGUAGUGCUGUAUUCUACACACCGUUCUUGAGGCAUAUAUGGACAUGGUUAGGGCUGGUGCCCGCGUCAAGAAAGACUUUUUACUCGCAUUUGAAAGCUGGUUAUAGCUGUGUAGUAGUCCCGGGUGGUGUUCAGGAGUGUCUCCAUAUGGACCAUAACUCUGAGGUUGCAUUCCUCAAAUCAAGAAAGGGCUUUAUACGGAUAGCCAUAGAGAUGGGGGCACCUCUUGUUCCAGCCUUUUGCUUUGGUCAGAGUUGUGUUUACAAGUGGUGGAAGCCUGGUGGAAAAUUAUUUUUUCAGAUUGCUAGAUCACUCAAGUUCACACCUAUAAUCUUUUGGGGAAGAUAUGGGUAUAUUGAUGAAACCUGGUUCUAUAUGGGUUUUCGACAACCGAUGCACGUUGUGAUUGGAAGACCUAUUGAGCUCAAGAAAAAUCCUCUGCCCACAAUGGAUGAGAUCAAUGAAGUCCAUGCACAAUUUGUUAUGGCACUGCAAGAUCUCUUUGACAAGUACAAAGGCAGAGUUGGAUAUCCUGAUCUUCAGCUAAGAGUUCUAUGAUCCCCAUCAAACAUUAAAUUUGUUCGUCUUGCUAGUACCGAAUUCGUAACCUAUCCAAAUAGGAACAGAACAGCCAAAGCAGCAUUGGAAGAAAAUUGAUGUUCUUACCAAAUCAUUGUUAGUUUCUGUAUCCUCUCCAAUUCAACAUAGCCAGUGUUUAUUUGUUGUGGUUGUAUUGGUAACUCCAAGAACUUGAAGAUUAUAGUAUAUGUCUCAUUAGCAGAGCAGAUGUCGAAGUGUAUAUAUCAAAAAAAAAUUGUUUGUCACAGGCAUACUCUUUUAGUUCCCUUA